AAUAACCCAUUUCUCUCUGCUCCUUCCCAGCCGAUGGGAUGAAAUCUCAGUUGUGAUUUCCCUAAGCCCGUGAAUCGUGGACUCUGUGGCUGCUUCUCUCACAUUCUUGUCAUCGGCCACUCAAACCACUCUGCGAUUGCGUGCAUCUUCCCCUGAGUUUUCAUCAUCUCUCGCAGAAGAUGAGUUAUCUAGCAGAAACUCUGCGGAAUCUAUCAGAAACUCUGCAGAACCAUCUCCGUGAUAGCGCGGAGAAGGGUUCACCAUCAGCCGUUCUCUUUGCCCAGAUUGCUUUUUUUACUACAACAAUUUUUUUGUGGAAAACCAGACUAUGCGCAGAACAUGAUAGCACUGGAAUCAUAGUGGCGUUGUCUUACCAAAUCAUCUCAGCUGUUCUGAUAUCUAAUUCAUGGCGUUUGAGUCAAUGUAAAUUCAUCCAUGGUCAGUGUGGCUACAAGCUAAACUUAAUAGCAAAUGGCUUCUCCUUUAUUUUGACUAUUGUUUUAGAGAAAUUUUAUGAGAAAUUUUAUGAGAAAUACUUGAGUAGCCUGGGGUUUGCCUUGAGCAUCACAGUUUUGUUUCUGAUCCUACUGGUCAUAAUACAACCCUCCACGGACCUUGGGUUUAUCGGUUUUCUAAUUGGAGCCAUUGGAUCAGUUGCUUACAAUCUUUUCAGAUACAAAUUUCAAACUUGGAUUGUUCUGGGCAUUUGUUUAAUGCUAUUGGGUGUUAGGUACUGGCUAGAGGAGAAAUGGUUGAAGGCGAGAGUUGAUCAUCAGCCACGGGAAGACCAAAGUUCCAAGUCAGAGAUUAUUGAGGCAGUAGCAGUGGUGAGUUUCCACCUCUUUUGGGUUUUGAAUUUGUUUAGAAUCAAUUGUCGAAAAAUAGAUGGGCCACCCAAAUCCAUAUCUUGCGCCUUAAGUUCUAUAAUGGGAAUGCUAGCAUGUGUGCUCAUUUUCAUUUUGUGGUUUGGCCUUGCUGUUGUUCUUCGUUUACAUUCUUCGUUACUAACCCCCUGGGAAACCUUACUGCCAAUUGAAGUUGAACGUGUACCUAGACAUAGAAGUAAUCCUAGACCUAGAAGGGUUGCCAACUGAAGCUGAACAUGGACCACUGUUCUCACGGGAGAUGAAGAGGGACUAGAGAUAGACCUACCUAUGGCGAUGCCAGACUUUGACCAUAUGGAUUAUGACUUGGAACCAACUGAAGCUGAACCUGUACCACUGAGUCCUGAACCUGUAUCACUGAGUCCUGAACCUCCAGCACUUCAUAGGAGGGGAAGGAGAGAACCUGUGGAGGAUCUGGUAGAGAAGGACGAUCACGCAGAUAAGAAAAUAGCAUAGGAUCUUCCUUAAGAGUGGAUAGGUUGCCUGCACCACCUUCGAUGUGGUCAAGCAUUUUUUGUUUUGUAGUUCUGUGUUUUUAUUUUGUUUCCGAAUUGUUGCUGUAUUUGGUUUUCA